AAAAAAAUAAAUUGAAAAAUGAGCGCAGAAAAGGCCUUUGAAAUGCAACGCCAGGUGCGCCGCAAUGCCAAAGAGGUACAAAGUUCGUUGAAAGACCUGUACUCGUGGGAGAAGGACAUAAAGAAGAAAGAAAUGGAACUGAAGAAGGCGCCCGCCGCUGCCGCUAAUACUAGUAUGCCGGUGCGCAGUCAUGUGCAGAAAACAGGAAAAGCCGAGCACCAGAGCCCCAGUAGCUCAGCGGCCGGUACUCCUACUGAGAAGAAAGAUCCGCCCGGGGAUCCGGUGGCUCGGCAGCAUAAGAAGGCCAACGACAUAAAGGACCGCGGCAAUAACUAUGUGAAGCAGGGAGAAUACGACAGAGCCAUCGAGGCGUACACAGAAGCCGUGGAGGUUUAUCCGUACGAUCCCGUCUAUUACAUUAAUAGAGCCCUGUGCUACAUUAAGCAGGAGCGCUUUGACAGUUGCGUGGAUGAUUGUGAGGCUGCCAUUAGCCUAGACAAGCUCUGCGUGAAGGCCUACUACAGACGGAUGCAGGCGAAUGAAUCGCGUGGUAACAAUAUGGAAGCGCUUAAGGACUGCACAACAGUGCUGGCCCUUGAUCCCAAAAACAUAGAGGGCAAACAGAGUUUGGUACGCAUAAAUGAGCGCAUACGUAAAAAUGCCACAAAAAACGGUCCCAAUUAUAGCGCGGACCGUCCUGACCUAAUUGACAUAUUGCCGAUCGAGAAGCCGGUUUACAAACGCUCCAAGAAAUCGAUGCGUCGAGUGACCAUAACAGAUAUUGUUUCCCCCAGACCCUCCACUGAUGAGGCCCAGCCUUUACGCAUCUCAGACGAAGACAUUGACAAAAUCUUCAACAGCUAUUGCGGUCCAUACGAAGAGAUUAAAAAGGAAGACUUGCAGGAAAAUGAGCCAAACCCAGAUCCCCCAACAGCAACGCCGAUAGUGGAAUCUGUUGAUUCUGAACCGUCCGCUUCGUCUGCAAAGAAAUCGCCAAACCUUAUAAAAGAUACGGCAACUGAUGCAAAACCGUCCGCUUCUUCGCUAAAGACAUCUCAAAAUUCAAACAGUGAUACCAAACAGACCCUGCCAGAUGCGGUGAAAGAAGCUAAACCGUCGGCUGACCAUCCAAAAACAUCAACAAAUCUGAACAAAGAUCCAGUGAACGAAUUGAAACAAUUAUCACAAAACCCAAGCAAAGAUGCUAAAGAUACGAAAAAAGAGGCACUGAUUGAUAAUAAACCAUCAGCAGCUCCUCUAAAGACAUCAAAAACCUCAAACAAAGACACAGAAAAUGAGCCCGAAAUCGAAUCUGCUUCAAAGAUCAAGACGGUUGGGGGUGCCACUCCAAUGGAGCGAGCAUUGCCGCCAGCCCCAGCCGGUACGGCCCAGUUCUACAUAACCUGGAAAGAGCUAUCUCCAAAUCAGAAAUAUCAGUACUUAAAAUCUAUAGACAUACAAAAUCUGUGUAAAAUUCUGGGAGCCGGUUUUGAUUCGGACACAUUCAACGAUUUGUUGUGUACCAUUCAGGACUUUUACGUGCCUGAAAAAGAGCCCACAACGGCAUCUGUCCUACUGGAGAUUAGCAAAAAUGACGAGUUUCCCAUUUUGGCCAUGCUCAUGUCAGCUGAGGAGAAAAAAAUGGUGUCGUCUAUACUAAAACAGCUCAAGAAUUGGCCCAAAAAGAAUCCACAAGUGUUAGAGAAGCUCUCAAGGGCCUACGGUGUGGAUUAAAAUAUGUAAGAGUUCUAGUUUACAACGUACUUAUUCAUAUAUUUUGAUUCAAAUUGUUUGUUCAAAGGAAUAUAAAAAAAAAAUGUACAAAUAGAAGUUUCAAAAUGUAAAAAAGAAAACACCGAUUAAAGUACUAUUCGUUGUUAUGGAAAUUAGAUACGCCA